AUGACAACCAUCACCACGAACAUGAUGAACCCCGGUCCAAGCCUUGGAUAUCGGUUCCAACAGAUGCCUGGGAGAGUUGUCGACGAAAUAUUAAUGGGCGAGGGGCCUGGACGAAGGCUUCGAAAGAAUGUGGCUAAUGUGCGAAGACACGUCGACUACGUUCCAUGCUGCCUAAACUUAACACAAAAUCGUCUGAUUCAAUUGGGACGUCAAGAUCGCCGUGCUGCUCAGCCCGAUGAACUCUACCAAAACACGCCGCUGCCACCAGCUGCCACACCUGACAAACCUAUUGAUUGCGUAAACACAAAGUUUGUCCGGGCCGCCAUGAACAAAGUGAAAUGCCCUGUAUACACGUUAGCGUGGACACCCGAAGGAAAGCGCUUGAUCACUGGUGCGUCCACUGGUGAGUUCACGUUGUGGAAUGGUGUUGCAUUCAACUUCGAGACGAUUCUUCAGGCGCACGAUGUACCAAUUCGAUCAAUGUCCUGGUCCCAUAAUGGGCAUUGGUUGAUCAGUGGUGAUGGCGGUGGCUUCAUCAAAUACUGGCAGCCCAAUAUGAACAACGUGCACAUGUUUCUUGCUCAUAAAGACGAAGCGGUUCGUGGAUUGAGAUUUGGGCCAAAUGACGCAAAAUUUGUUUCUGGAUCGGAGGAUGCUACCGCAAAAAUUUGGGAUUUCGCGCGUUUCACAGAAGAGGCAACACUACGUGGUCAUGGUUCAGAAAUUCGAUGUGUCGAUUGGCAUCCAUCGAAAGCGUUGAUUGUGAGUGGAAGCAAAGAUACUCAACAACCCGUGAAGCUUUGGGAUGCAAUGAGUGGGAAAUGCGUGAGCACACUACAGCAUCACAAGUCUUCGGUAAUGUCUGUCGAAUUCAAUCAAAAUGGAAAUUGGUUGUUAACAGCGUCCAGAGAUCAGCUGGUGAAAAUGUACGAUAUCCGCACGAUGAAAGUUAUGAGAAAUUUCCGCGGACACAAGAAAGAAGUGACAUCUCUCGCUUGGCACCCAGUUCACGAAGGACUUUUUGUUACGGGUGGUGGUGAUGGUUCGAUUGCCUAUUGGCUUGUGGAUCAUGAAAAAGAGAUUGCCUUAUUGGAAAAUGCGCACGAUCAAGCAAUUUGGUGUAUGAAAUGGCAUCCACUUGGCCAUAUUUUGGCUACAGGAUCUAACGAUAAUAAUACAAAGUUCUGGGCUCGAAACCGACCGGGAGAUACUCAAGAAGACAUCUUUGGGCUUGCUUCAUUUCAAUCGUCUCUACUGGGAACGUCGGAUCAAAGAGAGCAGAAAAUUAUGUUCAAGGAUCGAGAAAAAGAGGCUUCUGCAGUUGUUAUUCCUGGAAUGGGUCUUGAUGAGGACGUUUAUCAAAGCAUGAACAAAGACGUUGGAUCAGUUUCGAUUCCGUUGUCUAUAGAUGAGAUGGUUCCGGGACUCAACACCGGUGCUCGACGCACUUUGAUUAAACAACCGCCAGCGAAAAAGGCGCAACGCCAGUUUGAAAGAAUGUGGAAUGUGGCCAAACCGGGAACUGGAGAAGACAACUAUGACGGAGAAGAUGCUAUGGACGAGAUUGACCCUUAUGCGAGAGCUGAGAAGAAAAGCUUGUUGGGUCCACCACCGUCAUCGACUAGCAUGCUGGGAGGAGGAGGCUCUCAAAUUACUUCAGUUCCACCACCUACAAAGCCGACGUCUAUGCUUACUGGAGCAAAUAGAGGAUACCUUGGCCCACAAAGACCAACACUCUUGGCCAGACCACCUCAGGCGCAACCAGCAAACGAUCAAGAAAUGUCGCUGGGUGCAGCGAAUCAACCACCACGACCUCCAUUUCCGCCAAGUGGAUGGCCACCAGGAAUUCCGAUGCCUCCCAACAUUGCUGCCAUGCACAGCGCACAACAACAAAGACAGCCGCUUGGAGCAGCGAUCAAUGAUGAAGAUUACCGACAACAACCAGCUGAUGAGGAUUAUCGAGAAGUUGACGAAGAUUAUCGCCAAGACUACGCAUCAAACGUUCCUCAAGCGACCAACGGAAGAGAAGACCCGACAAGUUGGAAGAAAAACGGAUAUCACGCCAAUGCUCAGGCACCGCCACCUUUUCAAUCGCAAACAAAUCAAGCUCCUCUAAAAGAUCAUCAGAACGAGUUUUCACAGCGAAUACCAUUUUCUGGACACGUACCUGAGCCUCAAGUUAGUGCCCCUCUCCCAGGAAUGCCUCCACAAUGGCCGCCCGUAGGUGUGAACUUUGCUAUGCCGCCUCCUGGCAUGGGAGUUCCUCAGCCUCAACAAAUGAAUGCGAUACCGCAAAUGGUUGUUACAGCGCCGCAGCAAUUCAAUGCUCCGCCUCCACAACAAAUGGGAGCACUGCCGCAAAAUCAGCAGGGCGGACGGGGCGGCUAUCAAGGUGGGCAAGGUCCAAUGCGUGGACAGCGAGGACGUGGCAGAGGACGAGGUCGACCCUAU